AAAAUAGAAAACAACAUUUGUACAAUAUUAAAAAGUGAAAUAAAUAUCGACCAAUAGGAAAUGUCCAUUUAACGUCCAGGGACACCAUUAGACUUAACACGAUAGUUAUUGGUAUAUUCCUCUGCAUCCCUAACAAAAAGGAUGAAUUACAACUGGAAAGGGCUGCCUAGGACAGGGUUGGUUGGAGAAUGCUUGGGGUGGACUAUUCUUUUCCACGAGGGAUAACAGGUUUAAGCAAGUAUGUAUACCAAUGUUAGUGAUUUCGCUGCCAAUGAUCAGUGGUGUUCAUAGAAAAUCAAAAAUGGCAGCCUAUUAUGUAAAGUAGUUUUCAGUUGCUCACUUUGUAUAUUAUUUGACCGUCACAGUCGAUGGAGAUUCACAACCUCACCAACUGAUUUACCAUCGUUCCCUAAUACCUUGAGUCUAACUUCAUUAUUACUUACUCAGUGAUCCCAACAGAUGAGAGCAAUAUUUCUAAGGCAUCUGUGUUCAAAUACUAGUAACUAAUGUUUCAUUAAUUUUUUUAUACAGAAGAAUGAGAACACCUAUGACAAUGAAAUAUACAAUACUUCUUUUAAUAAUACUUCAAAUGAUAUUUAUUAAGUCGCAAGUCACGGAGUCUGAAGAUAAAUCAAAGAGUGAAAGUUCUAGAUCUCGUAAUUUCUACUUGGGUGUAGUGAUAUUGGUUAUAUUUGGUGUCAGUUUAUUGAUCAUAAUUAUUGUCGCAAUUAUUUGCUUUCGUAAACAGAAAAUACCAAUCAUUGAUCCAGUAACUGUUAUUCAAGCUAUGUAAACGAUGUAUUUCAUAACAAACUUUCAUAUUUUUUGAAGAAUGCUGUUAUAUACUGUUAUUAUUAUUAAAACACUUUCCUUAUUCCAUCGUAACAAUGACUUAUCUGAUAUGUAUAUAAUUCGUCUUACUUUGGUUAAUCUGAUUAGCUUUUUUUAGCAAGAGUUUCUUUUCUACAGGAUGGGGUUGCCGACCCCAUGCCUUACCCUCCUCUGUUAGCCAGGUAUGGGACUGGUAGUAACUCAAGAAGAGCUACAGGCGGACUUCAUCUAAUGUCUAUUACAAGAUAAAAUAAUAAAAGAAGAUAAAUUGGAAAUAUUAUAGAUAAAAUAAAUUAUUAUUGUGAAGAUAUUUUGAUACUUACCAUUUUCUUCUUUACAGUGAACUCUUUGUUGAACCAAUCUUUCUUACUUAAUGGGUGCAUUCUAUUUACUUACUAUUUUGUUAAUCAGUAUUAUAUGAGUAAAUCUUUA